AUGAGCCAAGCCAAGGUCCAAGGGCUGCUUCUAGAUGCGCAUCAAACCCGCGUCGCCGGCGCCCGCGUCAACCGCAACAUCACCAUCAAGCCCACCGCGCAUAGUGUAUCCCAACCGGUGAUCCCGUCCUAUGGCACACUGGGCACGGUAAAAUGGAAACCUUCGUCUCGGGUACAGCGUGCAGCCCAAGAGCUUACCAAUCUGUCGGGGAUCUCUCUCACUCUCUUACUUGUCUGUCACUUCUGUCACGGUACCUUAUUUUUGGGGUACGUUGUCGAAAGACUCAGCCAUGAAACUUUGCUUCCAAGUUGUCCCUGUUUCCAUUUCCGUUUAUCCCGUCUCAUUCCUAUCCAUGGCAUCCAAGCCCCCUUGGAGAUCCACCCCCGAUAA